ACAAAGGCCUGGUGGAAGGCAGGGAUCCUGGGCGGCCGGGCAGAGGCCAAGUGGGCACCGGAUAGCGCCAGCCCCGCCCAGCCUCGAAGGCAUUUCUUUAAAGAGAUGAACUGGCUCAGCAGGGCAGGACUUGGCAAGGCCUCAGCCCACCUGGGGGGAAUGACCGGCGAUGCCCAAAGAGGGAAGAUGUCUUAUUGCAGAAACAGCAUCCACAUAGACAUGUUUCAGUGGAGCCCCCUGAAGCAGAGGGUGGCCUCUGCUUAUCCUCCUUGGACUCCAUGUCUGCCUUUUGGGACUUCCUGAUUCCUUCAAGCCAGAACUUCUUCUCCCUUGUGCCUGUGUGUGUGUGUGUGUGUGUGUGUGUGUGUGUGUGUGUAUGUGUGUGCGGGUGGGGGGAGGCUCCUGAGCAUUGCAGGAUGUUCAGUAGCAUCCCAUCCUCAACUUCUGACAGCCAAAUAUGCCUCUGGACAUUGCCAGAUGUUCCAGGGGUGAUGGUGGGGGCUGGCAAACAUCACCACUGCAACCUGAUUUCACCUGGAUCAAGAAGGGGAUCUGGGGAUGUGCGGGCCUCAUCUCUCUCCUCCCCUGAGGCUCAUGAACCUAACACAGGGGCUUCUGGGCUUGCUCAGAAGCUUUGCAUUUCCAGCCUCUAUCAUGUUUCACGGCCAUAAGAGCGAAAUCAUGGAGCCUUCCAAGACCUUCAUGAGAAACCUGCCAAUCACACCAGGCUACAGCGGCUUCGUGCCGUUCCUUAGCUGCCAAGGAACAUCCAGGGAGGAUGACAUGAACCACUGUGUGAAAACCUUCCAGGAGAAAACACAGCGCUAUAAAGACCAGCUGCGGGAAUUUUGCUACGCAGUGGCCACUGCCCCGAAACUGAAGCCUGUCAACUCCGAGGAGACGGUCCUGCGGGCCCUGCAUCAGUACAGUCGGCAGUACCACCCCCUGAUCCUGGAAUGCAAAUAUGUAAAGAAACCUCUCCAGGAGCCCCCAAUCCCUGGCUGGGCAGGCUACCUGCCGAGAGCCAAGGUCACUGAAUUUGGCUGUGGCACAAGAUACACUGUCAUGGCCAAAAACUGCUACAAGGACUUCCUGGAGAUCACGGAGAGGGCCAAGAAAGCACAUCUGAAACCAUAUGAAGAAAUAUACGGAGUUAGCUCCACAAAAACUUCUGCUCUGUCUCCAAAAGUUUUGCAGCAUGAAGAGCUGCUGCCAAAAUAUCCUGAUUUUUCUAUUCCAGAUGGAAGCUGCCCUGCCCUUGGAAGGCCCCUGAGAGAGGACCCCAAAACUCCGCUGACAUGUGGCUGUGCUCAGAGGCCAAGUAUACCAUGCAGUGGGAAGAUUUAUCUAGAGCCACUGUCCUCCGCAAAGUAUGCAGAAGGCUAGAAGCGCAGAGUCUCCCAAGGAGGUGAACUUUAAGUGGGGCUUCCAAAACCUGCCGUUCUCAUGUUGGAAUUACGCCCAGUGAGCAAUAAAGAAACUUAAUAACAAGAAUUUUUUAA